CGGCGCUGGUGGAGGCCGGGCGGGCGAAGCUGGAGCGGCGGUGGCGGUGGCGGAGGGAGGCCGGGGCCGGGGCUGAGGCCGGGGCAGGGGCUGUGAGGCCCUUGGGGCGGCAGGCGGCGGCGGCCCAGGGUUCGAGCCCGGAGGGAGGAGCAGCUGCCAUGGCCGAGAGCAUCAUAAUCCGUGUCCAGUCCCCAGAAGGGGUGAAGCGGAUUACAGCAACAAAGAGAGAAACAGCUGCAACCUUUUUGAAAAAGGUUGCAAAGGAGUUUGGCUUCCAGAACAAUGGCUUUUCAGUUUACAUCAACAGAAACAAGACUGGAGAGAUAACAGCUUCCUCCAACAAGUCCCUCCACGUGCUAAAAAUCAAACAUGGAGACCUGCUCUUCCUGUUCCCCUCGAGCCUUGCUGGGCCGUCGUCUGAAAUGGAGACAUCGACCCUGUUGAGUCUAAAGGCCUUUGGGGCGCCCAGUGUGGUGGAGGAUGAGAUCGAUCAGUACCUGAGCAGACAGGACGGCAAAAUCUACCGGAGCCGGGACCCCCAGCUAUGCCGCCACGGCCCUUUGGGGAAAUGUGUGCAUUGUGUCCCGCUUGAGCCGUUUGAUGAGGAUUACCUGAACCAUCUUGAGCCUCCUGUGAAGCAUAUGUCCUUCCAUGCCUACAUCCGAAAGCUGACUGGCGGGGCCGACAAGGGGAAGUUUGUUGCCCUGGAGAACAUCAGUUGCAAGAUCAAGUCAGGCUGCGAGGGACACCUCCCAUGGCCCAAUGGCAUCUGCACCAAGUGCCAGCCCAGCGCCAUCACCCUGAACAGACAGAAAUACAGGCACGUGGACAACAUCAUGUUUGAGAACCACACUGUAGCAGACCGCUUCCUCGACUUCUGGAGAAAGACGGGAAACCAGCAUUUUGGGUACCUGUAUGGCCGGUACACGGAGCACAGAGAUAUCCCUCUUGGCAUCAGGGCGGAGGUGGCUGCCAUCUAUGAGCCCCCCCAGAUUGGUACACAGAACAGCUUGGAGCUUCUGGAAGAUCCAAAAGCCGAGGUGGUUGAUGAAAUCGCCGCCAAGCUUGGCUUGAGGAAGGUUGGCUGGAUAUUUACAGACCUCGUCUCUGAAGACACGCGCAAGGGCACGGUCCGUUACAGUAGAAAUAAGGACACGUAUUUUCUAAGUGCAGAAGAGUGUAUCACUGCAGGGGACUUCCAAAACAAACACCCCAACAUGUGUCGGCUCUCCCCAGAUGGACACUUUGGAUCCAAGUUUGUCACUGCGGUGGCUACAGGUGGUCCCGACAACCAGGUCCAUUUUGAAGGCUACCAGGUGUCCAAUCAGUGCAUGGCCCUGGUCCGUGAUGAGUGUUUGCUGCCAUGCAAAGAUGCUCCAGAGCUUGGCUAUGUCAAGGAGUCUAGCAGCGAGCAAUAUGUGCCAGAUGUGUUUUACAAGGACAUCGACAAGUUUGGUAAUGAGAUCACCCAGCUGGCACGUCCCCUGCCCGUGGAGUACCUGAUCAUCGAUAUCACAACAACGUUCCCAAAGGACCCAGUUCACACCUUUUCUAUUUCACAAAAUCCAUUUCCCAUCGAAAACCGGGACGUGCUGGGUGAGACACAGGAUUUCCACAGCCUGGCCACCUACCUGUCCCAGCAUACCUCAUCCAUGUUCCUGGACACCAUUUCGGACUUCCACCUUUUGCUCUUCCUGGUCACCAAUGAGGUCAUGCCCCUGCAGGACAGCAUCAGCUUGCUGCUGGAGGCCGUGAGGACCAGGAAUGAGGAGUUGGCACAGACCUGGAAGAAAUCCGAACAGUGGGCCACCAUUGAGCAGCUGUGUAGCACCGUCGGGGUGCAGCUCCCAGGCCUCCAGGAGUUUGGAGCCGUCGGAGGUUCUGCACACACCACCGCCUCCGUUGCCAUGUGGGCUUGCCAGCACUGUACCUUCAUGAACCCGCCAGGCACCGGGCACUGCGAAAUGUGUAGCCUUCCCAGGACCUAAGGCAGCCCGCCGGCAGGAUGGGCGCCCAGCCCGAG